ACCUGAGAGCGGCCAUUCCUUUAUUGUUCUUUCUGAAAAUGCAUUUUUCAACGCGCUAUCUGAGAAAGUGCAAAUCAACGUCGUUUCGCUCGGUAAUAAUACAUACGUGGUUUGUGUCCAUGCUAUCAUUCAUGUCCAAACUCAGAAUCGAGAUGAUUGUCGGUCCUUGUCUAACUUGGUCUAACUCAUCUAUUCAUCUCAUCUGUCUCUCAUCUCGGCUCUAUGGCUGGAGUCUUAGAUAAUUAAAGAGGUGUGACAUUGAGGUCGAUCACCUUACAUUUUAGAAGUUUAAAAUACAAACUGCUACAUUGCCUAAAAUUAAAGUUCACACUUCUAUAUAGCCUAAACAGGCCUAAAUUAUAUGGAAAUUAAAGAUGAGUUAGACAAGGACCCCGACAAUCUCGACUAUAUACAUAUGAACCAUGUGCCGGUCAGGUUUCUCUCUGCUCUACCCAAUGGAGACGAUGGAGACAUUACCAUAAUACCAUAUUUUCAUGUUGCUCCAUCCACGUGCGUGACAAUUAUGGUUAUGUUUGGUAUAGGCGCAUCAAAUAUAUUCGAUUGUAUGUGAAAUUAGAUUUAAUUAUAAGAAUAAACAUCUAAUUAUGGCUUCGUAUCGUAUACACAACAUAAGAUUUUACAACCUGGAGCCGAGAUCGGUGACCUGCUUGUGUCACGAAUCAAAAACGAAAAAGUUAGCCCUGGCAAGGAACAACAAUUCUAUAGAAAUCUGGAAUGUAGAGAACGCACCAUUUGUUGAGUGUACCAUAGCCGGUCAUGCUGAGAACUCGGUGGAAAGCAUCCUCUGGAUCGAUUCUAGGCUGUUUUCGACAGGUCUACAGGGUGCGAUAGUCGAGUAUGAUUUAAAAACGCUGAGUAUCAAGCACCAAGCCAUGGUGAUAGGAGGAGCAGCUUGGUGCAUGGAUGUGAACCAAGAAAAGACUCGCUUGGCUGUUGGCACGGAGGACGGAUACAUCAAUACUUUCACCGUGUAUAAAAAUAAACUGAUUUAUGAGAGAAUAUUUGAUAAGCAGGAAGGCAGAAUUUUGUGUAUCAAGUGGGAUAACACGGGCGAGAUGAUUUAUACAGGUUCCACGGACACCAUCAGGGUAUGGAGUGCCAUAUCUGGACAUGCGAUACAUAAAAUGACAACUUCCAGAAGCAAUAUCAAGAAAACCACGAUAGUUUGGUGCCUCGCAGUCACUGAUGACAAUAUAAUAAUAUCCGGCGAUUCUCACGGCUUCUUAUGCUUCUGGGAUCCACAAAUGGGAGUCCUAAUAGAGUCUCACGAAAGCCAUACAGCGGAUAUAUUAUCUAUUACCUUGUCGCAUGACAUGAAUGUGGUAUAUUGUGCGGGUGUAGACCCAGUUGUGAGGAGCUUCUGCAAAGUUAUUCUAAAAUCAAGUGGAAAGCCUCAAUGGGUGAAAGGAAUCGAGAGAAGGUUACACGUUCACGACGUCAGAGCACUCGUAGAAGCUAGCGGAAAACUCUAUUCGGCUGGAGUAGACGGGUACCUUGCUGUGUCCAGUUACCCACCAAAGAAUCUUGUAAAAUAUCCUCCGCUGUUGCAACCGCCCUGUGCCAUAAUUUGCCGAAAAUCUAGAUGUAUUUUGUUACGGUACGCAAACUAUUUAGAGCUAUGGAGACUUGGUUCGGCCACUAAAGAUCCUCCAGAAUUAGUACGCUCCUCCAUGCUGCAUCAAUUAGACGAAGAACCUAUAAAACUGUUACAAUUACAGACCAAGGGUGACGAAAGCAUCAUCUCUUGCGCUAUUAACAAGGACUCUAAGACAAUCGUGUACUCGACAGACACUCACGUCAGAGUGUUCAACUUUGACGUGGUGGAAGGAGAUGCUCAGCUGUCUAGAAACGAUACCGAUUUGUCCAUGAACCGAAUACAAAAGAUGUUGUUCAGUCCAAACGGCAAGUUAUUUGUCGCUAUUAACAACGAUGGCAGUGAGAACACUGUAACGCUGUUCAAAGUGGCUAAAAAGAGUUUGAGUCUGAUUGGGUCGUUCCAGACGACGAAGGAAUCCAUUAAAAAUAUUGGUCUCGUUUGUUUCUCUCCAGACAACAGGUAUCUCGUAUGCGCGGACCGACAACGCGGAAUCGCCGUGUAUUUUAUCGCUGACGGUGUAACGGCAGAAUCGCUCAAGGCAUGGCAAUUGCCCAAGUACAGUUGUCCACCGACGGCAAUCGCCGUGCAGAAGAAUACACUCAAUCUGGUCAUAGUGUAUUCCGAUCAUAAGAUCGUCGAAUAUAAUAUUCCUACGAAGACCUACACAGAGUUUUCUAACAACUUGCAACAUCGAUUAUCGAAGCAAUGGCUAGCGCGUCCAUUCCCGAUAACGAACAUCAUAUUCGAUCCGCGCAACGAAAAUAUCAUAAUCAUGCAGGACGAUUCGAGCGUAUAUAUUAUCAAUAAAAAUAGUGAAUUAUUAGAUAAAGAAGCGAAGAUUCCUAAGCGUGAAAAUGGAGAAAACGCAGAAGAUAGCAAUUCAAUUUCCAGCUCACAGUACAGCUCUCAACAUACGUUCCAAGUUGCCAAGAAAUAUAAGCAUCUCGUCUACUUAAAUUGGUUGAACGACGAAGAAUUGGUUGCGGUAGAAGUAAAUCCUACUUCGCUCUUGGAGAAAUUACCGCCCACGCUAAAACAAAAAUUCUUCGGCAUGUAAAUAUUGUAUAAUAAUAUGACAUAUUAUUAUUAAUAAUAAUAAUAAUCAAUUAUUUCAUUUUAUUUUUACAUUAAAUUUUACGACUGGAAAUCGCUAUUUCGAACGUGCCAUUUCGAUAUUUCGAUCUUGUUUCCAACAUAUCCGAUAGUUCUGAUUGGGCUAGUUUAAACCAAUCACUUGAUAUUAAAUAGUAAAUAACUAGUAAAUUAAUUUGAUUAUUGGCUGAUCAGCUGAA